GACUUGGCUGUGGUAACUAGUGACGACCCUCAACCUGUCAGCGUUUCGCGAAUGUCAGAUGUGCGUAUGUUUGGGGACAGCGAGACACAGCAGGAUAAGCGCACGUUGAUCCGAGAAAGAAAAACGAAUUUUUGAUAAAUGGCUACAAUGUUACUUCUCAUUAAUUAACAUUGUCGUCUUAUUUCCAUUUCUGGAGUAGUUUGAAAUCACGGGUUUGCCGCUAAAGAUCUCCAGCCUGCAGCAAGACAUGUCGUUGGCAGAGCCAGCAGAGUUGCUGCUGAUAAGGGACCAGUAUGACCGUGCGUUGGAGUGUCUGACCAGGGGCCUGGCGGCUGACCAGGCAGGGCAGGGGCCCCAGGCCCUGGAGCUGUACAGGAGGGGCCGGCAGCACCUAACCCUGGGCCUGGAGGUCCCUACCAGGGGGCCACAGAACCAGGGAGCCCCCUGGGACACGGCCAGGCAGUUGCAGCAGAAGAUGAGGGAGACUCUAACUAACAUCAGCACCCGACUAGCAAACAUGGAGACAGCAGGGGUGGGGACGGCGGGCCAGGGAGGCCCAGCGUUGGUGGAUCUAGUGGAUCUCUCUUCCCAGUGCCUCUACCCCACCCUGGGGCCAUUGGUGCCCCCUAUGCCGCUGCCUGGUUCCUCCAACCCCCUCCCCCAUCUCUACCCCACACUGCCACCCGGGGCUACCCCAACAGACAGCCUCUCUGCCGGGGCUACAGGCAUCACCAUGGCCCCCUCCCUGCCCAUCCUCCCUGCCCUGCCCCUGGGGCUCCCAGGAGAGCAGCCCCCAGCCUACACCCCCCAGCCCACCGACGGGCACCACAGCCUGGCUUAUAGCCCAACCGGAGGAGGGGGUCUGGCGCUGGGGGGGCAGAUGGUGGGGGGACCUCCACAGCCCGAGGGAGGGGUAGGGGGGGACGGAGAGGAGCUUUUGUUCCUCCCUCGGGGAGUGCAGAUGUUUUUCGUGUCGUCGGAUGGCCAGGUGAGCGCCCCAUCGUACCCGGGUUAUCUACGCAUCAUCAGGUUCAGCAGCCAGCUCAAAGACAUGGCCAACGGAGGAGCAUCAGCCUUCCUACAUGUGUGUGACUGGCUGUACCCCCUGACUCCAGACACCCCAGUACUUCUGUCUACCUCUGGGAUCUUUAUGUUUCCUGACACCAUGGCGGGGAUACCCGGGUCCUACGUAGGGGUUGUGCUGUCCUCUGAACUGCCUGCAGCAGACAGACAUGCCUUUCAGGACCUCCUCUCACAACUCACUGAGCUACGGGUACAGGCUCCAGAGGAGGGGGCAGGGUCAGAGAUCAUGAACCUGAGUGAGAAGGUUCCCAUUGGUCCCCCUGUGGAGGGGGCGGGAGCAGGGACAGGGGAGGAAGAACUCCCCCUACCUGAAUGGAGCGAGAAGAUGUCCCAAGGCAUCCUGGCAGGUGCAUCGUGGCUGAGUAAAGGGUUUGUGCGUGGAGCGGAGGCCACAGGUAAGGCCAUCCAGAAAGGAGCGUCUAAGCUGAGAGAACACAUCACCCCAGAGAACGUCCCGGCUGAGGUCAGCCCUGGUGUUACCAAGGGCCUGCACCAUGCUAAACAGGCCACCGGGGGCGCUGUUCGCGUCAGUCAGUUCCUGGUGGACGGAGUGUGUACCGUAGUAGGCUGUGUGGGGGAGAAGCUGGCUCCGCAUGUAAAGAAACAUGGCAGUAAACUUAUCCCUGAGUCCAUGAAGAACACUAAAGAUGGCCGCUCCAACCUGGAUGGCGCUAUGGUGGUGGCAGUCAGCAGCAUAAAGGGUCUCUCCGCAAUGUGGACUGGUUUGGAAACUGGAGCUAAGAACAUCGGCAAGAGUGUCACCUCUGAGACGGUCAUGACCGUGAAGCAUAAGUACGGCGAUGACGUGAGCAAAGCCACGAACACGGGCAUCCAAUCAGUGAUCAACGUGGGCGUGGCCGCGUUCAACGUGGACAACUUGGGUAUCAAGGGUGUCCUGAAGACCGCCGGAAAACAGACCGCUAAAGCUGUGGUCAAAGAGCGAAACAAUACCCCGCAGGUCGCAGUCGGAGACCACAACCACAACGGAGGACCAGAGGAGAAAGAGAUGUGGGAGAGGAAGAAGGAUGAGGAAGACAAGAAAUAGAUGUCAUACUCAUUUAUGUGGCUCUUGUCUAUUUGGCCCCUAUACAUUUUAGCCCCGAUAUCUUUAAGCUGUGUUCAUAGGCCCCUAUAUCUUUUGGCCCCUCAGUGUGUUCAUAGGCCCCUAUAUCUUAAAAACCACUCUGUGUGCUAAUAGGCCCCUAUAUCUUAAGAACCACUCCGUGUGCUAAUAGGCCCCUAUAUAUUUUAUCCCCUCUCUGUGUUCAUAGGCCCCUAUAUCUUUUGGCCCCUCAGUGUGUUCAUAGGCCCCUAUAUCUUAAGAACCACUCUGUGUGCUAAUAGGCCGCUAUAUAUUUUAGCCCCUCUUUGUGUUCAUAGGCCCCUAUAUCUUAAGAACCACUCUGUGUGCUAAUAGGCCCCUAUAUAUUUUAUCCCCUCUCUGUGUUCAUAGGCCCCUAUAUCUUAAGAACCACUCUGUGUGUUAAUAGGCCGCUAUAUAUUUUAUCCCCUCUCUGUGUUCAUAGGCCCCUAUAUCUUUUGGCCCCUCAGUGCGUCAAUAGGCCCCUAUAUCUUUAGGGCCCUCUGUGUCAAUAGGCCCCUAUAUCUUUUGGCCCCUCAGUGUGUCAAUAGGCCCCUAUAUCUUUAGGGCCCUCUGUGUCAAUAGGCCCCUAUAUCUUUUGGCCCCUCAGUGUGUCAAUAGGCCCCUAUAUCUUUUGGCCCCUCAGUGUGUCAAUAGGCCCCUAUAUCUUUUGGCCCCUCGGUGUGUCAAUAGGCCCCUAUAUCUUUAGGGCCCUCUGUGUCAAUAGGCCGUGAUAUAUUUUAUCCCCUCUCUGUGCUAAUAGACUCAUAUCUUUUGGCCCUCUCUGUGCUAAUAGACUCAUAUCUUUUGGCCCUCUCUGUGCUAAUAGACUCAUAUCUUUUGGCCCUCUCUGUGUUCAUAGGACCCUAUAUCUUUUGGCCCCUCGGUGUGUCAAUAGGCCCCUAUGUUUUAUAAGCCCCUCUGUGUCAAUAGGCCGUGAUAUAUUUUAUCCCCUCUCUGUACUAAUAGACUCAUAUCUUUUGGCCCUCUCUGUACUAAUAGACUCAUAUCUUUUGGCCCUCUCUGUGCUAAUAGACUCAUAUCUUUUGGCCCUCUCUGUACUAAUAGACUCAUAUCUUUUGGCCCUCUCUGUACUAAUAGACUC